CCACACCAGACACCACUGGGUUCCAAAAAUUUGCUUCCUUCUUCCCUAUAAAAGGCUGCCCAAUCUCUGAUUCUUGAUGUACAGAGAGUGUAUUGCAUUCAAUCAAUAAUGGCUGCUGCUUUAACAAACUUGAUGAAGCGAAGAUCUUUCCUCCAACCCAGCAUCUUCAACACUAGAUUCUUCAACGCAGGCCAACCUUUGGCUCAUUCUUUUGCCCAGAGAUUGAGAGAUCUCCCUAAGGAUUUCCCUGCCACUAACAUCAAGAAGGAAACCUCUCAGCUGAUUGGGAGGACUCCUCUUGUUUAUCUUAACAAAGUUACCGAAGGUUGUGGUGCUUAUAUAGCUGCUAAACAAGAAAUGAUGCAGCCUACUGCAAGCAUCAAGGACCGACCAGCAAUGGCCAUGAUUGCUGAUGCAGAAAAGAAAGGUUUGAUCACACCUGGAAAGACAACCUUAAUUGAGCCGACAUCCGGAAAUAUGGGGAUCAGUAUGGCAUUCAUUGCUGCGAUGAAAGGAUACAAAAUGGUUUUGACAAUGCCGUCGUACACAAGCAUUGAGCGAAGGGUCACAAUGAGAGUGUUUGGAGCUGAUUUAGUACUUACAGAUCCAGCCAAGGGGAUGGGUGGAACUGUGAAGAAAGCUUAUGACCUUUUGGAAUCCACACCAAAUGGCUUUAUGCUUCAACAGUUCUCCAAUCCUGCCAAUACUCAAAUACAUUUUGAGACGACCGGUCCUGAAAUAUGGGAAGAUACUCAGGGUAAUGUUGAUAUUUUCGUCAUGGGAAUAGGAAGUGGUGGCACUGUCUCGGGUGUUGGGCAAUAUCUGAAAUCCCAAAACCCCAAUGUUAAGAUAUAUGGAGUUGAGCCAACUGAAAGCAAUGUACUAAAUGGUGGCAAGCCAGGUCCCCAUCACAUAACUGGAAAUGGGGUGGGGUUCAAGCCAGAUAUCCUUGACAUGGAUGUAAUGGAAGAAGUUCUGAUGGUUUCCAGCGAAGAAUCAGUGAACAUGGCCAGAGAGUUGGCACUGAAGGAAGGGCUCAUGGUCGGGAUAUCUUCGGGGGCUAAUACAGUAGCUGCACUUAGACUUGCCAGCAGACCAGAAAACAAAGGAAAACUCAUUGUGACUGUGCAUCCAAGCUUUGGGGAGCGGUACUUGUCAUCUGUCCUUUAUGAAAAUCUCAGGAAAGAGGCUGAGGCCAUGCAACCAGUUCCAGUUGAUUGAUUACUUCUUAGCAUAUUAUGUUGUGAUUACAUGUUAUACAAUCACUAUGGGUAUGAUAAUGCUGUAAACUCUCACCAGUUUCUGUUAUAUUAAUCUGAAACCCUCAACUUGUUCAUUUU